UCAACUGCUCAGCCCCUACCAGGACCAAGCUGGAGCCCCUCCCAUGUCUCUUUAAAUUUCCUGUAUUGGUUACCCUGUGCUGAUAGAGCCCUUACUCACCACCUUCCUGUUUCUUUAAAACCCUUCCCACAUUCCCCAGACUGAGUCUUCCCUCUCUUUCAUCCCUCAUAGGACAACCCCCUUUUUUGUGGUCUUCGCCUCUUUGGUUACCUCCCUUAUUUCCUUAUUUCUUACUUGGGUCCUAGGAGGUGUCAGCACCCCCAUCCAUCUGGCCUGGUCUCCUCCACUCCCAAACUGUGAACUACCCUAUCUCAACACUACCCCAUACAUUUCCUGCACCUUCUAGUACAUUUCACCUCACUGUUACUUCAGCAUAGCCACGCUUACUUUCUACAUCCUCCACAAAUCUCUCUCUCUCACCACUGCCCACUGAUGCCUUCAUCUCCCCUAUAAACACUCCCCUUGGUCAAUCGUGUGUUACCCCAGUACUCUCCCAUUUAUGCUCCGGUUGGGUCUAUAAAACCUCCUUGACAAAGGUCUGUGUUAAUCCUGCCACCCCCAAACCUCCCUCCUGUGGUAAUUCUAUCCUUUCUCCAACUUUUCUCUCUGAAGCCUCUGUCCUUCUCUGCCCAGUCUGGCCCACAAUUCGCAGUCCACCUCAUUCUCUAACCCGUGAACUGCCUCCCACCAUGUUCCCCUGAGCCUCCAAGGAGGGGGCUCAGGGGGGCCUGAUGGCCUCCCGCCCCCUGUGGCCCCAUAGCCCCCGUGGGCCAGGGGAAGCACCCCGAAAGACCCAGUGCCAAGGAUGGGCAACCGCACAUUGGAGGGCUGCCACGUGGACUCCCGCGUGGACCACCUCUUCCCGCCCUCCCUCUACAUCUUCGUCAUCGGCGUGGGGCUGCCCACCAACUGCCUGGCCCUGUGGGCUGCCUACCGCCAGGUGAGGCAACGCAACGAGUUGGGCGUGUACCUGAUGAACCUCAGCAUCGCUGACCUGCUGUACAUCUGCACGCUGCCGCUGUGGGUGGACUACUUCCUGCACCACGACAACUGGAUCCACGGCCCUGGGUCUUGCAAGCUCUUCGGGUUCAUCUUUUACACCAACAUCUACAUCAGCAUUGCCUUCCUGUGCUGCAUCUCAGUGGACCGGUACCUAGCCGUGGCCCACCCGCUGCGGUUCACCCGCCUGCGUCGUGUUAAGACGGCCGUGGCCGUGAGCUCCGUGGUCUGGGCCACGGAGCUGGGCGCCAACUCGGCACCCCUGUUCCAUGAUGAGCUCUUCCGCGACCGUUAUAACCACACCUUCUGCUUCGAGAAGUUCCCCAUGGAGGGCUGGGUGGCCUGGAUGAACCUCUACCGAGUCUUCGUGGGCUUCCUCUUCCCCUGGGCCCUCAUGCUGCUGUCGUACCGCGGCAUCCUGCGGGCUGUGCGGGGCAGCGUGUCCACCGAGCGCCAGGAGAAGGUCAAGAUCAAGAGGCUGGCCCUCAGCCUCAUUGCCAUCGUGCUGGUCUGCUUCGCACCCUACCAUGUGCUCCUGCUGUCGCGGAGCGCCGUCUACCUGCGCCGCCCCCGGGACUGUGGCUUUGAGGAGCGUGUCUUCUCAGCCUAUCACAGCUCGCUGGCCUUCACCAGCCUCAACUGCGUGGCUGAUCCCAUCCUCUACUGCCUCGUCAACGAGGGCGCCCGCAGUGAUGUGGCCAAGGCCCUACACCACCUGCUCCGCUUCCUGGCCAGCAACAAGCCCCAGGAGAUGGCCAACGCCUCGCUCACCCUGGAGACCCCGCUCACUUCCAAGAGGAACAGCGUGGCCAAGGCCAUGGCAGCUGGCUGGGUGGCAGCUCCGCUCGCCCAGGGGGACCAGGUGCAGCUGAAGAUGCUGCCGCCGGCACAGUGAACCUCGAAUCCUGCAGAGCCCCUACUCCUCCCGUCUAACCUCCACUCCCUUCCUUUCUGGCCCAGUGU